AUGCAACAUAUCUAUGGAAAUAAUACAGAAGUCUAUAGUCAAUUGACUCAUUAUCAUCAGCAUUCUCUACAAUCACAUCAUUCAUAUCGACAGGAGAAUCAAUCUAUUUCUCCGCAACAAUCGUCAACGAGUGAUGUUGAUGAAGCAUCGCCAAUACCGUCAAGCACAAUCAAUCGUGUAAAUAAUACGACCGGGAGUAAGAUAACAAAAAAGAAGAAACCAACAAAGAAGAAACGCAAGGAUCCAAAUGAGCCUCAAAAACCAGUAUCACCAUAUGCACUGUUCUUUCGUGAUGCGCAGAAUGAUAUUAAAAAGAGAUUAGCUAAUCCAUCAUUUGGAGAAAUUUCGAAAGUUGUCGCACACAUGUGGGAAAAUAUCGAGCCAGAAAUCAAAGAAGAAUAUAAACGUAGAGCAGCCACAGCGAAAAAAGAAUAUCUAAAACAAUUAGCCGCAUACCGUGCAGUUCAAGUUGCUCAUCAAACACCAAACCUACCUCAUUUCCUCAAUCAAACAUCUUUACCGUUCUCUUCACAUGCAAUCACACAUCAUCAAAAACCAUAUCAUACAGCAUCUAUGAUGAGUAACAACAAUCAACAUCAGCAACAACAACAACAACCUACUUUCCAACAAUAUUGUUCGACGCCAUCAUCAUCAUCAUCAUCAGUGCCAUCUAUCCAACAUCAAAGUUCAUCAUUUAAUACAAAUUUUCACUAUGUAAAUCCAUAUUCUCAAGAUAAUACCAAUGUUUACCAUUCAGAUCAUCAGAAUUAUUUUCCUAAUCAUGUGCAUCAAUCUUAUUCAGCCUAUGAUUCGAAUAACAACUAUCCUGAUUACAAUCAAUACGGUUUACUUCGACCAGUCAUUGAUUCUGAGCAUUAUUCAUCAUAUUAUUCUCAUCAAACAUCGAUGGACAAUGAACACAUCAAAACUAAUGAAAAUCUUUUACAUAAUUUAAAUAAUAACACACCACAAUACGUAGAUUUAACAUCGAUGGCUAAUGGGCAAAUUGAAAAACACUAUGACUACACGAAUCAUGGUCAUCCCAAUCUACAUGAACGGAAAAAUGACGAACAUUUGUCAAUGGUCACGAUUUGUAAUGAAAAUCAUUUUCGUUGGAACUAA